AUGGCAGACAAGCUGCAGAGUUCAACUGCACAUGUCGUGGUUGUCUUUGCCACAGAGGGACAGCUCCUGGAUCUGCUGUUAGAGCUCGCUCAGAGAAACGUGACAGGGAUACAGUGGGUAGCCAGUGAAGCCUGGGUGACGGCGAACCUGCUGACCUCACCCCACUUCCACCCUCUCCUGGAGGGAACACUGGGCUUCUCCUUCCCUGGAUUGCUGCAUCAUCUGAAGUCAGUGAAUUUCACAAACCAGUUUGAUGAGAAAGUAUAUUUUGACUCCAGCGGUGAGCCAGUCCCUCUCUAUGACAUUAUUAACUGGCAGAAGGACAGCAAGGAUGGAAUUAGAUUUACUAAAGUGGGAAGCUAUGACAGUUCAGCUCCAUUGGGGCAACAACUGAACAUAGAGCAGAGCACCAUUGUAUGGACAAAAGGACAGUCACGGGUGCCUGUAUCUCAGUGUAGUGCUCCAUGUCCCCCCGGCAGCAGGCAGGCCAGACGUCCCAGAGAGCCUCGCUGCUGCUUUGACUGUUUGCCCUGUGCAGAUGGAGAGAUCAGCAACCAGACUGGCUCCACCGAGUGCACAAAAUGUCCAGAGUACUACUGGUCAGACACAGAGAAGGUGAAAUGUGUCGCAGGGGUUGAAGAAUUCCUGUCUUUCUACGAGACCAUGGGCAUCAUCCUGGUUGCACUCACAAUUCUCGGUGUCGUCCUGACAGCCAUCACCGCUAUUGUCUUUCACCGUUUCCGCUCUACACCCAUCGUCAGGGCCAACAACUCAGAAAUAAGCUUCCUCCUUCUCCUCUCCCUCAAGCUCUGCUUCCUGUGUUCGCUGGUGUUCAUCGGCCAGCCGUCUGUGUGGACGUGCAGACUCCGCCAGGCAGCAUUUGGGAUCAGCUUUGUUCUCUGUCUGUCCUGCCUCCUUGUUAAAACCAUUGUGGUUCUCUUGGCUUUCCGAACGAAUUUACCAGGUUCCAGAAGUCUGAAGCUGUUUGGUCCCUCUCAACAAAGGACUCUUAUCCUUUGUACUACAGCUCCUCAGAUUUGUCUCUGUGCUGGCUGGCUGUUGGGUGCACCUCCAUUCCCAUUCAGGAACCCAACCUAUCAAGCCUCAACUGGAAAAAUCGUUGUGGAAUGUAAGGAGCCGUGGCCGCCUGGAUUCUACCUGGUCCUCGGUUACAUUGGCCUGCUAGCGUUCAUCUGUCUCCUUCUGGCUUUCCUCGGACGGAAGUUACCAGAUACGUUUAACGAGGCGAGGCUCAUCACGUUCAGCAUGCUGAUUUUCUGGGCCGUGUGGAUCUCCUUCAUACCCGCUUAUGUCAGCUCUCCUGGGAAGUUCUCGGUGGCUGUGGAGAUAUUUGCAAUACUGGCCUCCAGCUUUGGGCUGCUACUGUGUAUUUUUCUGCCUAAAUGUUACAUCAUUUUAAUGCGGCCUGAGAAGAAUGUUAAGAAAUCCAUCACUGCAAAGUAUCCCAGAUGAAUUCAUGUAUGCUUUAGGUAUACGUCAAGCUGGCCUAAACAAAUGCUUUUUAUUCAUUUGAAAUCAUGAAUUAUGUAGAAAUGGAACGUUUGUGUAU